AUGAUGUAUAUCGCUUUACUUCUUCUUUUCUUCGUAAAAGCUGCGUCUGCACAAGAGAGCAACGGUUGUCCGGCCGAGCUUAAACCUCUCAAGCUUUGUGAGUUUAUUCUAUAAUUAAUUGGUUAUGAGUAGGAAAUGGGAAUAGAAUACUUUAUUCAGCUGCCGUCGCCGUUUGGGUCCGAAGUUUCUCGAAUGACACGUCCCAGUACAGGAUAUCAGACGAGGACUUGUCGGUUCGGGGAUACGAAAGGUGAGUUGGAGAGGAAAAUAGAGAGUUCUACUAAAGAGGUAGCAGCUGACGAAAUGUCCGUAAUAUCUUUGGCAUGGCUACUCUAACAAAAGUUACGGUGUACCCCGCGUCGAACUUGCGGUGCACCCCGUUUAGCUUCAAAUGCCUAUUAAGGUACUUUUUCUGUAAACGAUUUCGAGGUGGUUUUUCUUCCCAAUGUCAUCAUUUUCUACAGUUUCAUCCUAGGCUGUUACGGUAGCUCAAAAAAACAUUUUCUCCAGGGGUGCACGCCAUCCAGGUCCAACGCGGGGUGCACCGAAAAGUUCACUUUUGCGGGCUACACCCUCAUUUUUGUUAGAGUGAUCUUUAUAAAAAAAAAUGGUUUUCUCAAGACUUUUGAUCAUUUCUGAGGUUGUUGGACGCAGUAGUUUUCUCCUGAAAUAUGUCAAAAAGGAAUCUUGUUGAGAAAAAGAAAAAACUUGACCCUUGCUAAGGUCCAAUUUGUUUAAUUAGAGUACUAUCACUUCCUACUCGUUUUCGAAUUGGCUCAAGUUUCUGUGGCUUCUAGGAUGGCGCCGGACAAGGUGGACGGCGUGGCGAUGUUGGCGAGGCAUCCGCAAGACUGCGUCCUCCCUCGGUGCUCCAUAAGACUUACUGCAUUCCAGCAGACUAAUGGUGAGGCCUUUCAAGAGCUGAAAUUAGCCUAUCAACGGUUUCAUAAUGACAGAAAGUAGGGAGGAAUUUUUUUCAUAUUUACCUUUAAAACUUACUCCAAUCGAAGCAAAAUUUUGGUUUUAUCCAACGCUUCGGUCUGCAAAAAUGAAAUGAACAAUUUGAAAGGCGCUUUGUUGCACAUGGAUAAUUCGUUGGUGGCCAACCGCGCCGACUACGAAAACGUGGAAGACGAUUUCUACUGUGCAAAAAGCCGUGGCGACUGCGGCGCCGACGUCCCCGUCUUCCGUCUCGUCAAACACUCGCUCCAAGGACCACGUUUGUCGACAGUUCAGAAUGACCCAUUCAAAAGCUUUCAGAGUACGCUUACACGUUGAACGGCGAGACGAUGAGUGGCUACGAGAAAGAAUUCGCUCCGAUCUGCUUUGCCUGGACAAGCGCCCCUUCUCUUCUACUUUUCAAUUCGUCGUCAGAGUCUGUUUGCUACGCUCUGAAAAGUAAAACCAACGGAAAAGUAGGUCUUUGUGGUUGAAAUUUCGGAAGAUGAACGUUGCAGAUAACUUAUUCGACGGAUUACGCGACCAGCAUCUUCUCCAUCGGAACUACGGCUUCCCUGCAAUGCGACGAAGAUUUCGUCGGCACUGGACAAAGCAGUCUUCUGUGCACUCAGUCCGGCUGGCACCCUAGCGUAGGCCUGGGCUCGUGCAUGCCAAGAAAAGGUUUUUAUAAAUCUGUUUCAAGUGAGGAAAGCGCGUUUCCAGCAGCUGCGUCUCCUUCUUUCCUUUCUUCUGGAAGCGUGGACUCGCCACGGGAUGAAUCAGGCUGUUUGGCGCCAAGUACAGUACCCAACGGAGUCGUCGUUUACUCACAAAUUCCGGUCAACGGUAAGCCGUUUCGCGCAACUGAUGUCAUGUCGGCUUCAGGGACGGUGGCGGAAUCGAGCAGAGCGAUCGUCUCCUGCAACUUGGGCUUCUUGGCGACCUCGCAGGCGGCUUCUUCUUGCGACUACGGCUCAUGGACUCCGUCCUUCCCGAAAUGUUUCCCUCUUCUUGGGUACAGCUGCGCCAUUCUGGGCGACCCUCAACACGGCGAAGUUUUGAUGGAAAAGAAGGAAUUCGUGAGAUUUGUUCAAUUACAGCUGAUUUUUGACGAGAGAAUAGCGUCUCCUUACAAAAAAGGGUCGAUAGUGCGUCUGAAGUGUGCGCGAGGCUUUUCUCCCUCGGGUAACACAUCGGCCAGCUGUCUGUCCAGCGGCUGGAGCAACUCUCUCGGAGAGUGUCUACCGGUAAUUCAUUCCAGUUUUUUUUGCAAAGAUUCUGGAUUGAUUUUCCAAUCAGAUUUUCAUGAAACGAAUGUCGGAUUUUUGUCGUUGGCUUCGAAAAUAUUAACUUUUUUCGAAAUUGUAUAAUUCAGCGGAAAAAAUGAUUCAAACGCUUUUAUCUCUCAUUUAAACGAUUUUUUCAUUUUAGAAGUCGAGACAGCGUAGGCAGGUAUGAAAUUUAACAGAUUUUUAGAUUUUUGCUUUGGGUAGCAAUUUGUUUCGCUCACUUACAUAACUAACAAUAUAGUCCGUCCGCCGCGGUUUGACAGUUUUCGCGAGUCUGCGUCUCUCUGUUCCCUCACGCGAGGUCAAAGAAACAUAAAAAUAGCACGUAAAUGUGAGAGGGACGUCGAGAGACAAAGAGGUGCAGAGAAGUCGCACCCUUUCAAGUCGCGAAUAACGGACUAACGCUAACGAUGCUAACUAUUGUCUUCGUGAGAUUUGAUUCGAAAACAGAAUAGUGAGUUUAGAUUUCUUCGGGACCUGGAUGCACGCAGCUGGAAGUGACCCACGGCUCGGUGACCUAUGCGCAGGCCAACCCGACCAGUCCGUACGCUUCUGGCACGACGGCCUUCAUCCUUUGCGAGCCAGGAUUCCUCCCCCAAGGAUCGCCGUCGGCUCUUUGUCUCAACGGAGUCUGGUCUCCGGCCAUAGGUCGGCUUCCCUUUUCAUUACAGUCUUACCGAGUUCCCACACAAAACAACUUCUUUUCUCACUAGGACACGUUGAACUUUCGCUGAAACUUUGCUGAAGUGUACUUCAGGACCCCCUGAUUCCGGAACAAAAAGAAAUUUUCUCGCAAUAGAUCUCGUUAGUUAGGACACUUCAAAAACCCGAAAUAGCGCUUUUUUGGCCUAAUUUGCGUAUUUUGCACAUUUUGAAGCUCAAUAACGGAAAAAAAAUCUAUUGCAAGAAAAAAAGGGGUUUUCGAUGAAAAGUUUCAUCCGGAUCCUCAGGUCAGUGCACGACGGUUUCCCUGUCUGUUGGAGGUCUGAACACGGGAAACUCCGGAGCCACGUGUCCCGACUUGACGUCGCCAAUCAACGGCGCCGUCACCUACUCUCCUGCUUCUGCUCGUAUAAAUUAGGACGUUGAUCAAAAAAAAAGCUUGCUUCCUUUCAGAGUUCGGAAGUCACACUUCUGGCACUGUCGCGACUCUCAACUGCAACUCUGGAUCCGUAGUGAGUGGCGGCUCUUUGAGCAGCACCUGUUCGAACGGCGUAUGGUCUCCGCCUACCCUCGGAACAUGCUCACAAGGUGAUAUCCUAUCCGAAACCGGAAAUAGAGUUCAAUUCAGCCACCGGGCCAGUCGACAACACCAUAAUUGGUGGUCCUCUGGGAGAAACAUCAAACGGAAUGCAGUGUCCGAAUCCAGUUGUCCCCGAGGGUCAACUCACAUACACUCAGAGCUCUCCUUCAGAAGUUUUUCUGUCUACGGAGCCCUCAUCAUUCUGUGUUAUUCAGCCACAAAAGCCCUCUGGAACGAUAGUCACGUUCACUUGCGGCGACGGUUCCAUGGUCUCCGGCAGCUCGACUUCAACCUGCCAGAAUGGGGUCUGGUCUCCAACUCUCGGUACCUGCACUUCUCUCGGAAGUUCGACUAUGACCACUGGAGGUGAAUCAAGCUAUUGCGGUAAAGAGAACACUUCAGGUUUUCCAGCUUUUGGCUCUAGCGUCCAAUGUCUCGCCUUGAUGGCGCCGCCUGGAGGAAAUGUUACUUACACGCCACAAGUUGCCUCUGUCUUUGGUCCAUACAACUCAGGAACAGUUGCGAACCUUCAGUGUGCUCAAGGAACCGUUCAAGGUCAGUGUUUUAUGUAUUAAAUGUAUCUGAAGGAGACUAAGAACAUAAAGACAGUAUUUUCACGAAAAGUAAAUCCUCAGGAUCUUCUACUUCGACCUGUCAAAACGGGCAAUGGAUUCCGAUGAGCCUUGGAACGUGCUCGCAGGACAGCGGUCUUGGCAGCUCCACCAACUUGAACAAUGGUGAGUUCAGACUACAGUUCACUCCUUUUGCGUGAUUGAGGCUACCAUUUCGUUCUAGAUACAGUAAUCCAAAGCGACGUUUUAGGCGCCCAAUGUUUUGCAAUGUUACCUCCCAUCGAAGGAGAAAUCCUUUAUUCGACUGGACCAUCGCUAGGUCCUUUCCCCUCGGGAAGCUCGGCCACUCUCUCUUGCAGGAACGGCUUGGUCGUACAAGGUUGCAUCAAAAAAAUCAUCUCAAAAAUUAUCUUCGUGCGCAGGAUCCUCUACAUCAACGUGUCAAAACGGAGUUUGGCAGCCUCCACUAGUCGGGCCGUGUGCUCAAAGUUCUGGAACGUUGAAUGGAUCUGUCGGCUCAGGUACAUAGUUUGUAUCACAAAUCCGAAUCAUUUGCCGCAAAUUCGCAGAUCAAUGUAGUGCGCUUCCUGCGCCGUCAGGGGCUCAAGUUUCCUAUUCCAACGGCAACACUGGAAGCUUCGCGGCCGGCGUCAUUGCUACCGUUACCUGCACUCAGAACGGCGCGAUUUUAGGUUUGACUUGAUUUAAUGAAAGGAAGUUAGUGUUUAGACUUAUCAAAUCCAAAAAAGGAAACAAAGUUGAGUCCAGACUGAUCAAAUCGAAAUAGGAAACUAUACUUAAAGAAAAUAAAAGAGGAACAUAGCUCGAAAAGAAGCUCAUAGUGUCUUAUCGGCUGAAACUUACUGAUGAUGUUGAGAUCGAUUUUUCAAGUUUGCUUUCUGUGAGAUACCUUAAGCUCAAAGUUUGACAAACUGGAAUGACAGGUACGCCGGCGUGCAUGGGCGGUAUCUGGACGCCACAAAUCGGUGGCUCGUGCGAAGGAAACAACGACAUCGGCGGCCUGCCAACGACGGAUUCUCCUGAUAGAACUCGGCGGCAGACGGCCUCGUGUCUCAUUGGAAUGCUAGCGCCCCUUGGAGGAGAAGUGAGCUACAGCAACGGACAGCCGUUCGGCCCAUACCCUGCGGCGACGGUGGCCACGGCGAUCUGCACCAAUAGCCAGCCGCUCUCCGGAGUCGCCUCGGCCUCUUGUCUCAACGGCGCCUGGCAGCCACCUUCGUUCGGCACCUGCGGCGGCUCCCUGGGCACGAUUCCUGGUUUUCCUGGUACGUUUCACUAUUCCUUCUUCUGACUUAUUUUUGAAGGAAGCCGUGUCUAUCGGUCGUUCAUUUUUUACCGUAGGUUCGGCGACAAUAGUAUUCAAAAAAAAAACAGUGAAAACUCAAAAAAGAAGAACUGCAGGCGCGGGGGCCGGACAGUGCGCGGCUCUGUUACCUCCUCUCGGAGCCACCGUCGCUUACUCUCCAGCAGGCACCACUAUGUACAACAACGGAGCCACGGCGACUGUGACCUGCUCCACUGGAACUCCUCUUGGUUAGCCGCAUUCUCGUCAGCUUCCAUCUUUGUUUUCAAGGAGUCGCCACGUGUCAAAACGGACUUUGGACUCCACCCAUCACGGGCUCUUGCUCGGGUCAGCCCGGCCUUGGCUCCGGACUUCAAUGCUCUUCACCAGUCCCUGCCCUGGGAGCUACGAUAUCUUACAGGUGAUCAAAAGAAGUCAUUGAGGACAUAAUCCCCAGAAACUUUUCAACCAAGUUCUCUUACUUCCGAAUUUUAGAUUUCCCGGUCUCUGUAUUUCAAUCAAACUUUUGAACAUGCCAAAAAUGGGGCAAUUAGGCGAUAACUCUUCCAUACUAAGAUUUCUGAUGAUAGCUGUCAGGAAAAAAGUCUUUGAAAAAAGACAAACAAAUCAUUUUUUAGUGACGGUCAAGCACUCACACACAUCAGCGGCACGAAAGCUACCAUCUUCUGUGCAGGAUCCACAGUUUCUGGUGAGGCAGAAAGUCCACCAACCACUAUAUGCUUGCUUAGGUUCCACGACAUCCACGUGCCAGAACGGUCAAUGGAUACCUGCAUUGGGAACUUGCACAGGCCUUAACAACCCAGGCUCUACCGGGCAACAGUGCUUCGUCCCGCCAGUCACGCCUCUCGGCGCUUCCGUAACCUACAGCACGACUUCCUAUUUGGCUCCCUGGCCAGCCGGUGUGUACUCACCUGACGUAUAUCUCUUAUACCGAAUUCCAGGAACCUCGGCGACUCUGAUGUGCCCCGCAGGACAGGUCGUUGCGGGAACGACGACGACGACAUGCCAAGGAAGCCAAUGGGUUCCAGCUUUCGGACUCUGUCAACCGAUCGGCGGCGUGGGCCUCGGCUCCGGUUCGUUGCCAUCCAAUCUCUGAUUGCCAAUAUUCCUCUCACGCACGAUCCAAGCGAUGAUUCUUCACCCCUUUCCCUUGUCUUCUAUGUCUAGUCUACUCCUUGCGAUAAAAAAAAAAUCGUGUUUUUUUUUUCAACAAAAGCUCUCUAUGACGUGACAUAUUGUGCUCACCGAUCGCUGCAAACAAAAACAUAAAUUCGAAAGUAAGAUUAUCUUUUGGCACGAGGUUGAUCAUCCACCUUUGAACUUGAGGCGUAAAAUUUCAGAUUGUGUUUUCAUAAAAUAAGCUCGAAUAAAAAAUUACACCGUUUUAGUACGAUUCACACCCCUUUCCAAGCGAGUAGAGGACGUUGUUUGUCUAUAGUCUGUUCAGAUUUCAAAUGUCAAGUCCUUGCUGAAGCUCCGCCCUCUAAUGGCGCGAUAAACCAAUCAGUGAGCGAGCCAUCCACAGAGCGUUUUCAAAUGACGUCAUUCUCCUUGACACUCAAAAUCUGAACAGACUAUAUGAAACUAAAUAAAGCUUGUUUACGAUUUUCUUUUUGCCGAUUGAAAUCGAAUUAGGACUUUAUUUUCGAAGUGUGAAGAUAGGAAACUUUGGAAAACAAAAAAAUUCAUGAAAGGAAGGGUUUCUGUUUCCAGCCAGCGAUGAAUACAUGUUAGGGUUUUUAUAAAACUUUAAAGUUUUUUGAUGCCUGAAACCGGUCCCGGUCCCGCUCUGAUACCCCUUUUACACCUUGGGAGCUGGACAUGACAUUUUUCCGAAACCAGACAAUUUUGAUUAAACUUUACCAAACGAGCUAUGAGAUUUGAAAAAUGGAUAAGUUACAAAAAAGGUCCGUUCAGAUUUCGAAUGUCAAGCAGAAUGACGUCAUUCGAAAACACUCUGUGGAUGGCUCGCUUUCUGAUUGGUUUAUCGCGCCAUUAGGGGGCGGAGCUUGAGCGAGGACUUGACAUUUGAAAUCUGAACAGACUAUUCGGAAACGUCUUUCCAGCUCUUUUUCUCACUUUCGAAUCAUCCCUCACAGCUUGACAAUGCAUUUGCACGCGCUGAACAAGUCCCUUUUUGUUACGGUUAGCUGGACGAAACAUUGAAUCCCUACUAUUCAAAGGUCUUCCAUGUAAAUUGUUGACUUGUGUAUUUUCCGUUUACAAGCUUUACUGUCAUUAUUCAAUUUUAUCUUUUAUUCAUUUAAUAAAUAGUUUUGAAGUUAUAAAGUAUUAUUAUUAUUUUUUUAUUUUGAUUUUUGAAGCAAGUCUUAAGAAAUUUCAUAGCCUAGUUGAAAGCGGUUCAGCUUCUGAAAUAAAAAACUUUUCUAAACACUUCUUUCGCACCUGCUUGAAACUAUGUGGCCGCGCGUGAAAUGGCUCGAAACGUACUAAACUAUGUCAAAGUCUCACUCGGCAUUAAGAAGCUUGUCCGGAUAUAGUCAAUGUUUCCCGACUUGAAAGGCGAGAGGGGCGGGGCAAGGGGCGGGACGCGUAGCGUGUGCGUACGCGGCUCUUGACACGAGUUCAAUUCAACCGCCAGCGAGCCUUCAGAGAGCUUAUUUAUCGCUCUUUUCAUUCCUUUUUUAAUUUUUUGUUUAUUAUGUUCAUAUGUAAAUCAAAAAAGUAGUAGAAAAUACAGAAAAAGAGAGGUUGCCGAGCUUUUUAAACAGUCGGCGGCGAUGGAAUUUAACUGGCGCCAAGAAACGCGUACGCACACGCUACGCGUCCCGCCCCUUGCCCUGCCUCUCUCUCCUUUCAAGACGGGAAACAUUGACUAUAGUUUCGCAUGUCUUCGAGCGCGAAUGGUUUAGGCGUCCGGGCGCUUCGGAGUCGUAACGCGUCUAACCAUUUCACGUGCCUGACAGGGAUGAUUGAAUGAAAUUGCAUGGCGAGCCCCAACGUAGCAUGAAAUGCAUGGUGCUGUUUUAUUUGACGCUCAAGUACAGAGGGACGGCAAUGCUUCGAGAAUGUCAAGAAGUUCAGGUUGUUCGCCACUAGGUGCAAUAGCGUCUUCGGUGGUCAACGGACAGAUGACGUAUGCUCCCGCUUUGACGACCUCCGUCGCCUUGGGGACGGUGGCCAGCGUCAGCUGCUUCCCAGGCUACAGGCUCCAGGGCCCGCCGACGGCGACGUGCACCUCGAGUGGCUGGUCUCCGCUCACUCUCGGCACCUGUUUUCAGCAGCAAGGUGCUCUCUUCUUGCCUCAGAGCAACGUCUUUUUUCUCAGUUCUUUCAGCCGAGCUCCUUCUCAAUAUUCAAGAAUCCAACCUUUAACAAUUCUCAACGACUUUCGAUUAACCAAAGACAAAAAUUUUUGAGUUUUACUUCCGCUAAAAUCCUGACUAAAGCUGCGUCUUGAGCAUCAAACAUCUAUAGUCCGUUCAGAUUUUGAAUGUCAAGUAGAAUGACGUCAUUCGAAAACGCUCUGUGGAUGGCUCGCUUUCUGAUUGGUUUAUCGCGCCAUUAGGGGGCGGAGCUUGAGCGAGGACUUGACAUUUGAAAUCUGAACAGACUAUAGAGCUAAAAAAUGAGCUUUUACGAGGUCAAUCAUGAAAUUUUCCAGUAAACUCGAGCAAUUUUUUUUUGACCAAGUUGAUCGACCUCCCCAUCUCUUAAAAUUAUUUAUUUUUUUUAAAUGCUCAGAAAAUAAUUUUACAAACAAUGAAGAACAAAAAAAAAUGAAUCGAACCAUUAGUCAAGAAUGAAGUAGGCCGGUUGAAAGGGAGUUCACCGCUGUAGCUCACUAACGCUCUACUAACCUUAGGUCCGACUCCUAGCUGCGGAAGCUUACUUCCCGUGACCGAUGGGUCGAUCUCUUACAGUUCAGAAGCCGCCGGACCUACGUUUCCUAACGUUAGUGGCCACGAAAAGACUAACAUUGCCUAACACUUAGGGAGCUGUCGCUGUUUUGAGUUGCUCCACUGGCUUUUUGGUGUCCGGCACGUCUUCUGUCACUUGUUUGAAUCAAGUCUGGACUCCGGGGGCGCUUGGGCGAUGUGUGCGUUCUGGCACGCAGGGUUUCAGACAUUGACGAGGUAGAAAAGAUAGAUUUCUUGAGGUGUUCCCGGGUCGGCGUGUCUUUCUGGUCUUCCGGCCGUGCUCAACGGAGCAGUCGCAUACUCAAAUGUAUAGUUAUCGGUGUUCUCUCUCUCUCUACGAAAGCUUUAGGGUCAGCCGUUAGGUCCCUACCCAGCUGGGACAGUCGCGACGGCCACUUGUAAUCUGGGGACUACUCCACUUGGUGAGUUUCUUCCUGAUCAAACUAACCUCUAAAAACCUCUAACCUCAAAAAACAAUUAGUCAAUGUUUCCCGACUUGAAAGGCGAGGGAGGCGGGGCAGGGGGCGGGACGCGUAGCGUAUGCGUACGCGGUUGUUGGCACGAGUUCAAUUCAACCGCCAGCAACUAUUUGGAGAGCUCUUUUAUCACUUUUUUAUUUCUUUUUAAAUUAUUUAGUGAUUGUUUUUCAUGUGCGCAUAAAAAAUAGUAGAAUAUAUAAAGAAAGAGCGGUAACCGAGUUUUUGAAUUGUCGGUGCGCUUGAAUUGAACUCGUGACAAGAACCGCGUACGCACACGCUACGCGUUCCGCGUCCUGCCCCGCCUCCUUCGCCUUUCAAGUCGGGAAACAUUGACUAAAUAGCUGACUCACGGCUGGUUUGAGCCAUCGAAAAAGUAGUCCUGACACGAUAAGGCACGAGAUAGCGCCUGGCUCGUGGAGAGCGCAGACAGGACACGCCCCCCUUAGCGUCCCAAGCUGGCCGUGAAUCAGCUAUAAAAGAAACAAAAAUGUAACUUUCGCAGGUGAGAUGUCAACGAGCUGCAUAAACGGCCAAUGGCUGCCGACGACUCUCGGAACCUGCAGCAUUGUCGGUUCCACGCUCCCCGGCGGCGUUGAUCCUUUGGUGCCUGGAUCGGCGUUGCCUUGCGGAGCCGUCGCCACUCCUCUCUUCGGAACAGUUUGUCCUAGUCGCGAGAGUAAUCACGCUCACAUGAUUCAGAUAUCAUACUCGAACAUCGGCGUUACCUAUCCAUCCGGUUCCGUGGCGACACUUGUUUGCAGUCUGGGAAUGUUCCCUCAAGGCCAAACCACAGCUACCUGUGCAAAUGGAAUCUGGAGUCCAGGUGCGGAAUGCUUGAUUGAAACCAGCAGAAAAAAAAAGUUAAGCUCUCGGAACCUGCGGCGGUUCUCCCUUGCUGCGAGUAUCUGAUCCGAAAAAUCAAUCGAUCGAAGCCAAGCUAGAGAAAGCAAAGCAAGAGGCUGGAAGCACGGCAUUGGGAAUAGAGUACGACGUUCCAAGAGCUGACACGUGCCGAAGCCUCAUCGCACCUGCUUUUGGAGAAGUAAACUUUCAAAAAUCGAAAAACCAAACUUUGAUUUGCUGCAGAUAACCUUCUCGAGAAAAUCCGAGCACGGUGCUUUCGAGUUGGGUACGACGGCGGCGCUUCGAUGCUCUCUUGGCUACGAAGCCUCGGGCCCGACCUUUUCUACUUGCAAGAAAGGAUUUUUUCGACCACCUCUGGGAAAAUGCCUCGGCGGCAAAGAGCCCUUUUCAGGAAUAUGUGUCCCUCUAACGCCACCCCGCAAUGGAAGAGUGAUUGAAAAAGUUGAGGAUUUCUGAUCAACGACGAUUUGCAGAUAACGUACAUCCAGUCAGGAAGAUCACUCGACUUCGAGGACGGCACGACGGCCCUUCUUUAUUGCGAGGAAGGCUUUCUCGUCACCGGCACAGCCACACUUCAGUGCCACGCCGGCGGUUGGGAGCCAGCCGCUGGCUUCGGAACUUGCGAUGAGAUUUCUUCGAGUUGA